UCUCGGGCCAGUCAACGUCCAACAUUGUGCCGUCGUCGCUGUCAUGGCUUUUCUCUGCAGAAGCGCUGCUUUGCUGCUGAAGCCCUCUGCGGCAGCUCCCGCCGCCCUGUCCGCUGCUCGUCUCUGUUGCUCAGGGGCUCAGUACGAGUAUAUUUUGGUGGAAAAGCGAGGCGAAAACAAAAAUGUUGGAUUCAUCCAGCUGAACCGACCUAAGGCCCUCAACGCUCUGUGUGACGGCCUGAUGAAGGAGGUGGGAACGGCGCUGGAUGCCCUAGAAGCCGACGGUGACGUCGGAGCCAUCGUUAUCACCGGCAGUGAUAGAGCCUUUGCUGCGGGUGCAGACAUUAAGGAGAUGCAGAACCGAACCUUCCAGGAGUGUUUCGGCGGAAACUUCUUGGCACACUGGGAUAGAGUGUCCAGAGCAAAGAAGCCUGUCAUCGCAGCCGUCAAUGGAUUUGCUCUGGGUGGAGGCUGUGAGCUGGCAAUGAUGUGCGACAUCAUCUAUGCCGGAGAGAAGGCACAGUUCGGCCAACCAGAGAUCCUGUUAGGGACCAUCCCUGGGUCCGGCGGCACUCAGAGACUGACCCGUGCAGUGGGUAAAUCCCUGGCCAUGGAGAUGGUGUUGACUGGCGAUAGGAUUAGUGCACAAGAAGCCAAGCAAUCAGGUCUGGUUAGUAAAAUCUAUCCUGUGGACCAGGUGGUGUCUGAAGCAAUUAAAUGCGGGGAGAAAAUUGCUGCCAACUCCAAAUUGGUUACUGCAAUGGCUAAAGAGGCUGUUAAUGCAACGUUUGAACUAACCUUGGCUGAGGGAAAUCGUCUGGAAAAGCGCUUAUUCCACUCCACCUUUGCUACGGACGAUCGUAAAGAAGGAAUGACUGCGUUUGUGGAGAAGAGAAAGGCCAGUUUCCAGGACAAAUAGACAAGAGCACACCAAGAGCUUGGGCCAACAACACAAGCUCUACAAUCACUCAUUUGUACUGAAUAAUGCAAUGAUGCAGAUGGUUGUGGAACCUGCAGCUUCGAAAUCAGAGUGUGCACAAAGGUGUCUUAUCACAGUUCAGCCCUUCCUGCUGAGGCUCAGUAUCAAUAGUGAAUGCAGCGGUGGUUCUGAAUGUGAAUCUGAUUUAAUAACAGUUAUAGUCUGUAUAGGAGAAAUCAGGACUGGGGGACUUGUACUGACAUUGCUUUGCCACUUUCAAGGUCAAGUGUAUGUUUGCAUUUUGUAGAUGAAUUCCUUUGACAACUUUACAAAUAAAGUGCCCUAGUGGUUUUCAGUCCA